AUGUCCUUCUGCAGAGUUACCGUUCGCUCUCCAGUGACAUCAUCCGCCACGAUGUUGCGCUGUGUGAGGAACCCCUACAAGACCCCGGCGCAUCGUCUGUUCUCCUCAUAUGGAAAUGCACACCGGUCUUCCAAGCGCGACAUGCAGACCGCUACUGCGUAUCGCCCGCAUUCCUUGCCGACCGCUUUUCCUCCCCCCCGGAGCGGUGGAAGUUACGACACCUCUAUCUCCGCAGAUUUCCCUCCGCUCCGAGAGACAUCGGCGCAGCAGCAAGGAGUCUUCCCAAAUGUUAGCCUCAGAGAGAGUGAGGCCCAGAAGUCCAAGCCUGUCGAAUCGACUUCUCCAACCUCGAAGCCCGCGGAAAAGCCUAGGAGGAAGUUACGUGCACGGAAAGCGGCCAUGAAGCUGUCACCCGAGGCUAUCGUGCAACUCCGUAAACUACUCUCUCAGCCGGACCCGAAAUUGAUCCGAGUUGGCGUAAAAAACCGUGGCUGCUCGGGCCUCGCCUACCAUCUCGAAUACGUGGAGAAGCCGGGUACCUUCGACGAAGUUGUGGAACAGGAUGGCGUCAAGGUUUUGAUUGACAGCAAGGCGCUGUUCAGCAUCAUUGGUAGCGAAAUGGAUUGGCAAGAAGAUAAAUUGAGCAGGAGAUUUAUCUUCAAGAACCCAAAUAUCAGAGAGGACCCGGCACCCGACCCUCUCCUCCUCACCAUCCGCUUCUCAGCCUCAAUCCCCGACCUCUCACUCGACGUCCUCUACCCCGAAACAACCACAUCAGCAGGCCUAAAACAACUAAUCCGCACCCGACUCUCACCAAACCUCUCAUCCCACCGUCUCCGGCUAAUCUACGCCGGUCGCGGUCUUGAAGACACCGUCCCGCUCUCCGUCUCCCUUAAACUGCCCCCCUCACCCGCCCGCUCACCCAGAUUACCCUCCGACGAUGAAGCCACCGAUCUCUCAAAGGGAAAGGGCAAAGCGCCAGUCCGAGAACCACCUCGUCUGUACAUUCAUUGUUCGAUAGGCGAUAUCGUCCUUUCAGCUACAGAUUUAGCGACAGAAGCAUCGUUAGCAUCUACGCUCCAGCAAGAGGAUCAGUCACAGAAAGAUGGUGAUCAGUCAAGUCUGCAGAGUCAACAUCAGCAGCAGCAGCAGCAUCAGACGUCCUCGACGACACCUGCGCCCCGUGGUUUUGACCGGUUGUUGUCGGCGGGGUUUACCCCCGCGGAAGUGUCAGCGCUGCGGUCGCAGUUUAUGGCUAUUCAGUCUGUGUCACGGACGCCAGAUACCAUGCCAAGUGGGGCAGAGUUGCGGGAACUUGAGGAUCGGUGGAUGGACGAGGGUUCGUCGGCAAUGGCAGCUGGGGUAGGAGGGGCUGGAGAGGGAGCGGGUUUCACGGAUGAUGAUGGGGGGUUUGGGUCGGGGUCGCGAGGGGCUAUGGAUGAUAUGCUUUGGGGCGCUGUCAUGGGUUUCUUUUGGCCGGUGGGGUGUGCGAUGUGGUUGAGGCGGGAGGAGGGGGUUUGGAGCUGGCGAAAGGGUUUGGCGGUGUUUGUUGGGGUGGUUGUUAAUCUUGCGUUCGGGACGAUGCGUAUCAUGAACUGA